AUGGAGGGCGCGGCGACGUUGGGGAGGGCCUUUGAGGCGGUGGCAGAUGCGCUCGAGAGAACGGAUGGAGGAGCCUCGUGUGUGGCGGUGUGGCCGGCGACCGCAGAGGGAUUCGUGGGAGAAUUGCAAGUGGUGAAGAGGCGGGAGUGGCACAAGAUGCUUCGGGUUGGGUUGCGACUCGCUCCUGGUGAAGAUAUGAAGGAGGUCUACUGCUUUGAGAAUGACAUGGAGCAGGGAGGGUUGAUGGUGCGUGUGAUGGGGCUGCUGCGAGAGUCUCAGACGAUAAGACGCGGUGACCUGCAAGUCUGGAAGGUGCUGAAGACCCCAGUGGUGAUUAGGAGGAGGCUCGACGUGCUGGCGGAGAUUGAGAGAGCUGAGAGGGCGGUUCUAGGGAGCGAUGUGAGCAGCACGUCGAACCAGUCGGCAGUAACUACUACACCUAAUGGCAUCUCUUCGGAGGGAGUGCAGAGGAAGAGACCCCGUGAAGUUGAAACUACAGACCUAGUUCCGGGGUCGACAACUGACGAGGUUCGUCCACCGACAAAAACACGUCGUUUGAGCGUGAAGGAGUCGAAAAAGCAUCAAGUCGUUGUAGCUCCUGAAAUUGCCUCUGGCAGUCAUGACCAAAGUGCUGGUGGCGUCAUUUCGGAAGAAAACUCGGAAAGAUCAGCACGGUACCGCAGCUCGUGCGAGGCCAACGGGGCACUUGCAGGUUUCGUUGCUGUUGCUGAUGUUGACAGUUCAAGUGAUUUAUCGUGUGGAGAACUUGCUGACGAUAGUAGUGCUGCUACCUCGGAUGGAGGACACAGCGACGUUGAUGCUGUUGAACAAGAUCCACCCCGGUCAACUCGCCGCGAAAUCGAAAGCGAUUCUGGUUCAUCUGUAGACAACGAGCAAGCCAAGGUUUACUCGGUUCUGAAGCACAUUGCUGCGGCUGGGUUGGGAGCCGAUGACGAUAAUUUUGAUGGCGAUCAAGUCGGCUCCAGGACGUCUCCAACACUUGAGGCUGCUGCAUACCUAUCAACCAGCAUCGGAGAAUCGCUUAAACCGGUGUGGUCGGUCUUACAGAGUGCAACGACCCGAGCUCAAAGAGCAUUACGAGGAUAUUGUGUUAUGCCUUCGGUGUUGCAGGCGAUUACAGCGGAUGAGUCGUUAGAUUACGAUUUGCGCUGGACAGAGGAAAAUGAUCACCAACGCUGGACAAUGUUCGGUGAGCCGAGUUCCCCGACCCAGGUUGGAGUGAGAACUCGCCACCAGCAACGUAUACAGAGCCGUACUUCACCAAGUUGGAAGUUCUGGUAA